AUGCCAUGGUGCAGCGCUGGGAAGUUUGAAGAGUGGGGCAUGCUUCAAGUUAAUUGCGGAGGUUGCGCGGGACCCCGAAGAUGCGGUGCGAUAUCAUAAAGUACAGUACCCAGUGAUAGCCGGAGAGAAAAAGUGCGUGUAGGUGGAGGGAUAUCACAAGAGCAAUGGGAGGGGAACUUCUAAAGAAUUAAUGACCAAACAAACUACCGUAACGAACAAA